CCUCCUUGCCUCUUCUCCGUUUCUCUCUCUUACCCUUUACCGGUGAGAGUGUGAUUCUCACUGCGACUGAUAGGUCACUGAGAUUUAGUAGACAACUGAAAGGACAGAGCAUUUUGAAGAAGAAGCGAGUUGGUUGGGGGAUGAACAAAGUUUAAGCUUCGUCCUGUUCUUUUUUGAUUUCUAGAUAUAGCAACUUUCUUACUUAGCCGGCAUCUCUGUUUUCCGAAAUGGGAAAGACUCCCAGUCCCAGUAAAUGGUUCAAGAAUCUUAUAGGGAGGAAGUCGUCAAAGUCAAGUUUGGCAAAAGAGAACGAGAAAUUGAAAUCGGCCAAGAAAGAAAAGCUGGCGGUAUCUGUGAAGGAUGAUGUAAAAUACUUACCUGUCGAGCCUCUUAUAGUUUCAGCUCCAGUUCCAACCGAUACUGCUCGAACUGUGGCUGAGAAAAAUCCGAGUGAUGGGACUAAUGUUUCAUCUGUGAAAGACAAUGAAGUUGGUGAAUCAAACAUUGAUCCGGGUUUACAAAAUGAUUCAGGGGAAUUGAAGCAAGAACAAGCAGCAACCAAGGUUCAGGCUGCUUUUAGAGCUCACCAGGCUCGUAGGGCAUUUAGUACACUUAAAGGCAUCAUCAGGCUACAGUCAGUUAUCCGCGGUCACCUGGUCAGGAGACAAGCUGUUGCCACGUAUUCGUGUAUAUAUGGGAUUGUGAAGUUACAGGCUCUUGUUCGUGGCCAAAGAGCAAGAUCUCCUGACAAUGGAAUUCAACUUCGGAAAAAAUUUACGGAAGCCAGAAAUUCAGAAACUUUGCAAGCAAGAUCAUGCAGUUGGAUGGAGAAUCCUGCAAAACUUUCUAUAGUUGACAAGCUUUUGGCUUUGUCAUCAACUGUGUUGCCCCUGAAGCUUCAAUAUAACCAUGAGGACCCUAACUCUGCCAAGGUUUGGCUUGAACGCUGGACAAGACUGCAAAUUUGGUCACCUAAUUCCCGGGCGACUAAGAAUCUGAUCUUAAAACCUCUGACAAAGAAGUCCAUGAUCGAAAAGAAAAAGGGAAGGCCAAAACGAGGUAUCAAGAAAGCAAUGGGGCCAAGUACCGAGAAUGGCUCUAGCCUUUCGAUAGCUGAGAAUGAGAAGAAACCUAAACGGAAUGUGAGGAAGGCUUCCUCACUUAGUAAAGAGCUCCCCCCAAGAAUCGAGAAUGACAAGGUGAAACAGAGUUCUAGAAAAACUAUUGGCGUCGGGAAGGAUGGGUCACCGUUGGAGGUUAAAGAAGAGAAGCCUAGUAGGCCUAGUUUCAAGAAGGUUUCAAAUACUCCUCUCUCAAAUGGGCCAGAGAAAUCAGCCCGUAAGUCUGCUGAGAAGAAGAAAGAUAUGGCAGAUGCAGAGCUUGAUGGGAAGGCUUCAACUUCUCUUUCUGAAGUUCCCGAGACACUAGAAAAGAAGAAUGAUAUUCCAAAUGCAGUUUCAAAGGAUUCUGAUCUCGACAAAAAUGAGAAAUCAGAAGUAAUGGAAAAUCCCGAGCAAGAUGAACUCAAAGCUGCUGAGAGCAGUGAUAAGGCUGAAGAAGUGCGGUUAUUAUGCUCUGAGCAUGGUAAUGUAGAUUCUGAAAAUACAAAGGAAGUUGAUAGACGAGCUUCAUUGCCUGCAAAGAUUGAGAAUCAAGAUGACGGGCUUAAGCAAAGUGCGAGUAAACUUCCAAGCUACAUGGCACCAACUGAAUCUGCAAAAGCCAGGGUGAGAGGGCAUGCUUCUCCGAGAUUUUCCCAAGAGAGGAUUGAGAAAAACGGGAUAUCGAGGCGCCAUUCGCUGCCUUCUUCAACCGAUGAAAAGAUGAGUACGAUGUCCCCAAGGGCACAUCGUCUGCUUUUAGCCUCGGGGAAAGGAUCUAUGAAUGGCGAUAGAUCUUUCUCGUCUUCUAAAGACGUGGGUGAUAAAUCGAACAGAGCCGAGUGGAAAAGGUGAAGAAGCUUCAACCAAAGAGAAAGCAAUCCAAGAGUCGUAAAAUCAUCUUACACUAUCCAACAAUCUUGAAACUCUUUCAUCUGUUAUGGCGUUUUCUGUGUUUGGUUUUGGUUUGGUGUUUUGUCUGUUCAUCGUCACACCCUUUGGUAUGUAUCUCUCCAGUUUACUCACAUGUUUGGCGACAGAAAAGUGUUGAGAGUAAAUAGUUCAUAUAGGCCGCUGGAAGCUUGUAGUUUGUGCUUUUA